GGGAGCGUGUAAACAAGAUAAUGUGCGCAUGCGCUUCACACACGACGCAGGCAGCACUUGUUUGCCGCUUUGUGAUAUAAUCUAGUCCGAUGAUCCAGGGCCUUUGUUUGCACUCCACGGUGCUACAUGCCGUGGUUUGGGUUUGGGUAUAGCGGGUUUGGGCAGCUCGGGCUCGGAGAGGAACGGACUGUAAAUCUGCCCAAACCACUGCAAAUUAAUGGGGGUACAAUAGAGAGCAACAAGCAGAUCUGCAGAGUGGUGCCGGCGUGGAGCUAUUCGGCCGUCGUGACAGAGGAUGGGUCGCUCCUACUCUCUGGACUCAUCAGCGGUUGCCCAAAACAGCAUCUCCGUGUCCAAGGCCUGGAUUGUAGCGAUAUCCUCCCGUCAGAGAAAUACCUUAUUCUUCUACUGAGAGAACGGGCAGAAUGCUGGGAUAUUAACACAAUUGAUGUUGAGGGGACGCUGCCAAAGGCCAUGUGGAAAAUGGAGCUACCUGUGGGACAUGAUGUUGCUUUCCCAUUGGUUGCCAAAGGACACGUAUUCCCUCAGCCCCCGUUCUUCAGGGAGCUGCCAGCCACAGUCCGGGCCCAGAAGAUGGCACUGGGGAAUGAGCAUGCGGUGCUCCUGACAUCUGAUGGGAAGGUGCUGACCUGGGGAGCAGGGAGACAUGGGCAACUUGGACAUGAAGAUGUGGAAGAUGUAUCAGAACCACGGAUAGUGGAAGCUUUGCAUGGUGUUUCAAUGGGUGAAGUGGCAGCCGGUGGAUGGCAUACAGCCUGCAUCAGUGAAGGUGGAGAUAUUUAUUGCUGGGGAUGGAAUGAGUCUGGACAACUUGGACUUCCUUCAAGGACAUUAGGGCAAGAACGGAUGAACUCCGGAGAGGAAUCUGCUGCAGUCGGAGAUGGUGAAUUUAUUGCAAUUCAGUCUUUCCCAGCUUUAAUUGAUUUACCACAAGAUACCGAAGCAUCAAAGAUCAGCUGUGGAUCCCGCCACACAGCCACUGUGACACGUAAUGGUGAGCUGUAUACCUGGGGAUGGGGAAAAUAUGGUCAGCUUGGCCACGGGGACACAACGAGCUUGGAUCAUCCAAAAAGGGCUGAAUUUUUCCCCCAGAAUAAUUUGUGUGUAAAAGAUGUGACUUGUAGGUAUUGGAAUACAUAUGUAUUGUGCCUUCAGGAAACUAAAUAAAGCGAUUAAAUAAGA